AUGUUCUUCCUCUUGGCCUGUGUGCUUCUGCUUGUAAGGGAAAUGCCAGCAAGGCCCACAGAGCAGACUGAUUCUGCCACCCAGGGGAAUCUGCAGCCUUUUUUCCAGCUGAUUCUGCAGAACCCUCCAAAGGCAAAUGGCAGUCUCUCCAGCAACUUAUCCUGUGCAGAGUUGAAUGCUCAGAGGUUGACCAUUUUGCACCUGCAGAACAGAAAUCUUGCAUCUUUCCCAUCAUGCUUGCCUGAGAUUCUGGAACAUCUGGACCUGAGUGACAACCUCUUGCCUGAAUUCAAUGGCCAGGAAGCAGCCUCAUUUCCCAAGCUGCGGGCCCUUUCCUUGAGACAGAACAAGAUCCGACAAGUGACGUGGGGAGAUGCCGGAAGUCUGGCCAGGCUGCAGUCCCUGGAUUUGAGCUUCAAUCUGCUGUCCUCUGUGCCGGCCUGCAAUGCCUCCACUUUGAGGGACCUCAAGGAACUGUCUCUAGCUGGGAAUCCCAUCGCAGAAAUCCAGGCCUUUGCUUUCUCCUGCUAUCCUCAGCUGCAGUCCCUGAAUCUGUCUUCCACUCUGCUGGGACAAGAUGGCAGUGAUGGGAUUUGGGAUUCUGCCUUUGCAGUGAAUUUUUUGCAGGGGGACACCACCGAGACGGUGGGAAAUACUCUUGGUGUGCUUGACCUCAGCAGAACCUUCCUGGAGAGAAUUCGUCUGGAGUGGCUCAAGGACCUGCCCAGACUGACAUCUCUCCAUCUGACAAAAAUGAGCCAUCUGAGGAGCCUCAAUGCGGCUGUCUUUGUGUAUACCCCCCUUCUGGAGGAACUGAACUGCCGAGAUUCCCACAUCCUUAGCCAGGUGGAAACAGAGUCCUUCGGCCAGAUGCCCAAGUUGGCUUUUCUCAUGUUCCAAAACUGUAAUUUGAGUUCCUUGAAUCUGUGGAAUCUUAGCUCAUCAGACAAUCUGGUCAUCAACCUCUAUGGAAACCCUUUGGAGUGCCAUUGUGAGAUGUCCUGGCUACUCUCAGAACCAGAAAGAAUAGUUCUGCAGAGGGCAUCAGAAACUACUUGUUACCUGCCCGCAGAAGACAAUGUAGCACCCAGAUCCAUACCUCUGUCAAGGCUCUAUGAUGAAUGCCAAUCCAACAGAACUACUGAUUUAUCCCCAGAGCUCACAGUAGGCAACUUUUACAGCACAUCUUCCAGAUUCACCACAAAAACACUGCCAGACUUUGGUACAUUUCCCCAGGAAUGGCACAGCAGUUCAGUCACCCCGCACAGCAUUGCGUUGACUUGGGUCGAUCUAAUGAAGCAGGAUUCUUCACAGGCAGAUAUGCUUGCCUACAAAGAAGAAAUGGUUAAUGGAUCUACAGAGAGCUCAUCUGCAACAGCCACUCUGACCACUGCCUCAACAAUCCUGGGAAAGACUUCUGGUGUGCUGACCAUGGAGAAUGCAACUGAUAGGGAUCCAAGAAGUCAUGAUCUCACAGCAGCAGAUUCUCUUGUCCGCCCAGAAGGAACACUUCACCACUCUGCUUUGAACACUCCAACAGCUGCACCAACCAGAACAGAUUCUUUGCCUAUCCCCAGUGCUUUAUUUAUCACACAGAAUAUGGCAAGUUCUGCUCCAACCAAAUCACCAAUGCAAAACCCAACCAAGACACCCACUCUUCCAAAUCCUUCAUCCACUGACAUUCCAGUAUAUUAUGUAGAUAACUAUGACUACGAAGGUCAUCAAGACCAAUCCGAAGUCCAGAUGCUUGGCCCGUGUGCCUAUGAUCCCUGCAGACAUCUCCAAAAGCCUUGUUCUGAACUCCAGGAGUUAUCUCCUUGCUUGUGCCCAGGCAUAUCAGAUGAAUUCACCAUCCCGGAACCGCCGAGGAUGCAUGAAGUUUCUGAAAUAAGGGACACGUCAGCAGCGAUCCACUGGUGUGCCCCCAAUUCAUAUGUAAGGUUCUACCAGCUUGUCUACCGACCUAAAGGCAACUUGAAUAAUGGCACCGUUUCUGGAGAGAUUUACCCCACAGCCAGGGAGUACACUCUAUAUAACCUCCAACCUGGUUCCAACUACCAGGUAUGCAUAACUGCUUCCAACAAAGCUGGUUCAAGUCAGACCACAGGCUGGAAUGGACGCAAUGUGCCCUGUAUUACCUUUGCCACAAAAUACAGCUACAAAGCCAGUUUUGCCAUCUUGAGUGUGAUAAGUGGACUCCUUCUCAUUGCUACUGUCCUCAUGUUGGGGUGCCUCUGCAAGAAACAUAAAGCGCCCUCUGCUGAGCAGUAUAACACGCAUCUGAUUUCCUAUAAAAACCCUGUUUUUGAUCAUUCCUCACAAUAGGAAAGGUGAACAAGAUGGCAAGGAUUUAGCAUUG